UGUGGUCUAGGCUGAUAUGUAACAGAAACAGCAACUCCUCAGGUGAACUUCAGAGUCCCAGCAAGUCAGAUCUGCUCUACUAUACCCCCCACCACUCACCCACCCACCCUGCAGUUUUUUGGGCUCACACUGCCAGCUCUCAGCCUACAUCCCUUUGCCGUGUUUUUAGUGCGGCAUGAUGCGCCUGCAGGAGCGGUAAUCCUCUUCUGUCCAGCUGCAUCCUCCCUCAUGUUCUCUUUCCUGCUCAAGGGCAAAUCGAGGUGCGCCGCUGGAUGCCGCCGCUGCGCACUGCGCGCUGCUGAACACAGCGCAGCAUCCACCGCGGACUUCUGACGCUUUUUGGUGUCUGUCAUGAACGCAAACGAGUUGAGUGACUGGGACAAGUGUUUUACCGCAGCUCUGGCAGCACAGCAAGAUGUCAAGCAGUGGGUGACUGCUUAAUGAACAGUUUCUGUGACCUGAACUUUUGGAUCAGCUGUGCGUAAUUACAUGAAGUUUGAGUUCAGGAUGAGAAGAUAUGAGCCCUGAACUGAAAACAUGGAUAUUACGCGGAGGGUUUGGUCGUUCUUUCUGCAAAAAAAAUCGAAGAAUUUUACUCUGAAAACGAUGCUGUAAAUCUCAGAGUUUCCUAUAAUAAGUAAAUUCUAGUACAGGACUAUCAGGAUGAAAAGAUGGCAGCCAUGCUCUUACCAACGGGUCCUGAUGGCUUGCGGCGGUUCACUCGCGAAUCCCUGGCUGCCCUGGAGCAGCGGAUUGCGGAGGAGCAAGCCAAGAGCUCCAAGGAUUGCACCGAGACUUACAAGAAUGCUGAGACAACCAAACCCAGGGUGGACCUGGAGGCGGGCAAGCAGCUGCCGCGCAUCUUUGGUGACAUUCCAGCAGAGCUGGUCGGGGUGCCACUGGAGGACAUUGAUCCAUUUUACUACAAGAACCAGAAGACUUUUAUAGUACUGAACAAAGGGAAGGCCAUCUUCAGAUUCAGCGCCACAUCUGCACUUUAUAUAUUAAGUCCAUUUCACUUCAUCAGAUCGAUUGCCAUCAGAAUUUUAGUCCAUUCAUUGUUUAGCUAUUUCAUAAUGUUCACCAUCCUGACCAACUGUUUCUUCAUGGCCAUGUCCGAUCCGCCAACAUGGACCAAAUAUCUGGAGUACACCUUCACUGGUAUUUACACUUUCGAGUCGGCAAUAAAAAUUUUUGCGAGAGGAUUCUGUUUAGUGCCGUUUACCUUCCUCAGAGACCCCUGGAACUGGCUCGACUUCACUGUCAUUGUCAUGGCGUAUGUCACAGAGUUUGUCGACCUUGGGAAUGUCUCUGCAUUGAGAACCUUCAGAGUACUCCGUGCUCUAAAAACCAUCUCAGUCAUUCCAGGUCUGAAGACGAUAGUCGGUGCUCUGAUCCAGUCUGUGAGGAAGCUGGCCGAUGUGAUGAUCCUGACCGUUUUCUGUCUCAGUGUGUUCGCCCUCAUCGGCCUGCAGCUCUUUAUGGGCCUUCUGCGACAAAAAUGCGUCCGUAGCCUCAAUCACUGCAUCAACUCUUCAUAUAGCCCCAACACAACUUUUAUUUGCAACAACAGGACCUGGAGCUCGCCAGCAGACUUUCUCAGCAAUGAGGAUAAUUUUUACAAAGUUGAAGGCCAGAAGGAUGCUUUAAUUUGUGGAUACGGAAGUGAUGCAGGGAAGUGUCCGGAUGGAUUUGAUUGCCUCAAAGUUGGAAGAAAUCCAAACUACGACUACACCAGUUUUGAUACCUUUGGCUGGGCUUUUCUGGCACUUUUCCGCCUCAUGACCCAAGACUAUUGGGAGGAGCUCUUUCACCAGACUCUGCGCUCAGCUGGGAAAACCUACAUGGUUUUCUUUGUUCUGGUGAUCUUCCUUGGCUCCUUCUACCUGGUGAACCUGAUCCUGGCCGUUGUGGCCAUGGCUUACGAGGAGCAGAAUCAGGCAACUAUCGCUGAGGCCUGGCAGAAAGAGAGGGAGUUUCAGCUGGCCAUGGAGCAUCUCAGACGAGAGCAAAGAAUGGCAGCCAAAAGACAAGCACAGGAGACAGACUCCAUUGUGUCCCCAGAGUUGUCGCCAUUCUGUAUGAAAGCUGGAAGUAUACGCCGCAGCAACAGCAGAAGAAGAAGAUCUCACAGGACUCUUUCAGAGGAGACAGCAGCUGAAGCUGCUGAAGAGAAGCUGGAUCCUAUGGAUGAAGCUGUGCCUCCUUUAUCCCCCUUGCCAGUCCAUCCCUUUCUGGCCACACUGUCCUCUCACCCCCUCAGCACCAGGAGAGGAAGCCAGAACAGCAUCUUCAGCUCUUUCCGCGCUCGCAACAACUCAGAGGCCGACUUCGGGGACGAUGAAUACAGCAUCCAUGGACAGGUCUUCAGGAGUCGCACUAGCUCCACUGCAACACCCUGGAAGAAGAGGACAGGCAGUAUUAGAAGCCAUUGCUCCCAGGUGUUAACUCCUAGCUUCAAUGUCAACGGCCGACUGAACAUCUUCCUUGACCAGAAUGGCAUCACCAACAUGGGUUUGCUUACUCCUACAUCCAUGCCGGCUCACAGCAUGGAGAGAUUCAGGGAAGAAACAAAGAAUGGCAGUGGAGUGGACACAGCUCCCAGACUUCUCCCACAGCCUUCACCCACUGCCACAGAGCGAUGCUCUGUGCGCAGGAAAAGGACUCACAGCUCUUUCAGCUUCUUUAGCGACGCCAUGGAAGAGCUGGAGGAAUCAAGACAAAAGUGCCCUCCUUGCUGGUAUGUGUUUGCCAAGAAGUAUUUGAUAUGGGACUGCUGCCCCUGGUGGCUGAAGUUGAAGGAGUGUGUGAAGUUCAUGGUGAUGGAUCCUUUCCUGGAUCUGGGGAUCACCAUAUGCAUUGUGCUGAACACUCUGUUCAUGGCCUUGGAGCAUUACCCAAUGACUGAUGAGUUCAACACCAUGCUCUCAGUGGGCAAUCUGGUUUUUACAGGCAUCUUUACAGCUGAGAUGGUUUUGAAGCUAAUUGCCCUGGAUCCCUAUUACUACUUCCAACAGGGCUGGAACAUCUUCGACGGCGUCAUCGUCUGCCUCAGUCUGAUGGAGCUGGGUCUCUCCACUGUAGAGGGCCUCUCUGUGUUACGCUCUUUCAGACUGUUAAGAGUGUUUAAGCUGGCAAAGUCUUGGCCCACUCUCAACACUCUGAUCAAGAUCAUCGGUAACUCCGUGGGCGCCCUGGGGAACCUGACGCUGGUGUUGGCCAUCAUUGUUUUCAUCUUCGCUGUGGUGGGCAUGCAGCUAUUUGGCAAGAACUACCAAGACUGUGUGUGUAAGAUCUCCAUUGACUGCCAGCUGCCCCGUUGGCACAUGAAGGACUUCUUCCACUCCUUCCUGAUUGUGUUCCGGGUGUUAUGUGGCGAGUGGAUCGAAACCAUGUGGGACUGUAUGGAGGUGGCUGGGCAGCCUCUUUGCAUCCUGGUGUUCAUGUUGGUCAUGGUCAUUGGGAACCUGGUGGUGCUGAAUCUCUUUCUUGCCCUAUUGCUCAGCUCUUUCAGCUCUGACAACCUAUCCGCUCCUGAAGAAGAUGGUGACCUGAACAACAUUCAGAUUGCCAUCGGUCGCAUCCAAAUCGGCGUUUCUUGGCUUUCUAGGAAUAUCGUUGACUUCUUCAGCCAUGGCUUGAGAAAGCACAAGCAGAAGGCCAAAAAAGCCACCCAGGCUGAGCCGGUAGUUGGAAAUCACAUAGAAAGCAAUGGGGGAACUAUUGGAAGCUACGGAGGAAAGUACAUCAUACCUGAAGAGGACAGUUAUAUGACCAACCCAAACCUGACUGUUAUUGUUCCCAUCGCUCCCGGAGAGUCAGACGUGGAGUUCCUGGAAGAGGAGAAUUCAGAGUCAUCAGAGGAUGAAGACAACAAACCAGAGACGAUUAGCCUCUCAGAAGGAAGCACAGUGGAUAUGAGGAAGCCUGGAGAAGAGGAAGAUGACCUAUUGGAGCUGGAUGAUGAUAGUAUGGACCCAGAAAACUGCUUCCCUGACUUGUGUUUAAGGUAUUGUCAAUGCUGUGACAUUGACAUCAGCCGUGGAUUGGGUCAAGCUUGGUGGAGGCUGAGGAAGACCUGCUACCAGAUCGUGGAACACAGCUGGUUUGAGACCUUCAUUAUCUUCAUGAUCCUGCUCAGCAGCGGGGCUUUGGCAUUUGAAGAUAUCUACAUUGAGAGGAGAAAAGUCAUUAAGGUGGUGUUGGAGUACGCUGACAAAGUCUUCUCCUACAUUUUUGUGCUGGAAAUGUUCCUCAAAUGGAUAGCAUAUGGCUUCAAGAAGUAUUUUACCAACUACUGGUGCUGGCUUGAUUUUCUCAUUGUGGAUGUGUCUCUUAUUAGCCUGGUUGCAAAUUCACUGGGAUAUUCUGACUUUGCUGCCAUCAAGUCACUAAGAACGCUCCGGGCUUUGAGACCUCUCAGAGCUCUGUCCAGAUUUGAAGGCAUGAGGGUGGUAGUCAACGCUCUUAUAGGAGCCAUUCCCUCUAUUAUGAACGUGCUGCUUGUAUGCCUUAUCUUUUGGCUCAUCUUCAGUAUCAUGGGAGUCAACCUGUUCGCUGGCAAGUUUGGAAAGUGUGUGAACAGAACAGGUUUUAUCCACAGCGUCUCAGUGGUCAACAACAAAUCAGACUGUCUUGCCAUGAAUGACACCCAGUUCUACUGGACAAAGGUGAAGGUUAACUUUGAUAACGUUGGACUCGGCUACCUUUCACUUUUGCAAGUGGCAACAUUUAAGGGAUGGAUGGAAAUAAUGAAUGCAGCCGUUGAUUCCAGAGGGGUGGAGGAACAACCCAGCAGAGAAAUCAACCUCUACAUGUACCUCUACUUUGUCAUCUUCAUCAUAUUUGGCUCCUUUUUCACCCUUAACCUCUUCAUUGGGGUUAUCAUUGACAAUUUCAAUCAGCAAAAAAGAAAGUUAGGUGGACAGGAUAUCUUUAUGACGGAGGAGCAGAAGAAGUACUACAAUGCAAUGAAAAAGUUGGGAACUAAGAAACCUCAAAAGCCAAUACCAAGACCCGCGAACCUUCUCCAAGCCUUCUUCUUUGAUCUGGUCUCCCAGCAAGCCUUCGACAUCAUGAUCAUGAUGCUCAUCAUCAUCAACAUGGUGACCAUGAUGGUGGAAACCGACGAGCAGUCGGAGCGAAUGGAGUCCAUCCUCAACAUUAUCAACCUUGUCUUCAUCGUUAUCUUCACGACCGAAUGCCUGAUUAAGCUCUUUGCUCUCCGAUGUUACUUCUUUACCGUUGCAUGGAACAUUUUUGACUUUGUGGUCAUAAUUCUCUCAAUAGUGGGGAUAGUCCUCGCUGAUAUCAUUGAGAAGUACUUUGUUUCUCCAACCCUGUUUCGAGUCAUCAGACUGGCAAGGAUAGGGCGCGUACUUCGACUUAUUCGAGCAGCCAAAGGAAUACGGACUUUAUUGUUUGCCUUAAUGAUGUCCAUGCCGGCGCUGUUCAAUAUUGGCCUCCUGCUUUUCCUUGUCAUGUUCAUCUAUGCUAUCUUUGGCAUGGCAAACUUUGCCUAUGUGAAAAAACAAGAUGGGAUCGACGACAUGUUUAAUUUUGAGACCUUUGGGAACAGCAUUAUCUGCCUUUUUCAGAUCAGCACCUCAGCAGGAUGGGACAACCUCCUGAGCCCCAUAAUGUCAAGCUCUCCAGAGGAGUGUGACAUUAACUUUGUCAAUACUGGCACCAAUGCCAGAGGAAACUGUGGGAACCCAUCAGUGGGCAUAGCUUUCUUUGUUAGUUACAUUAUUAUUUCUUUUCUUAUUGUGGUGAAUAUGUACAUAGCUAUAAUCCUGGAGAACUUCAGCGUUGCAACCGAGGAGAGCACAGAACCUCUGAGCGAGGAUGACUUUGAAAUGUUUUAUGAGGUCUGGGAGAAGUUUGACUCUGAAGCAACUCAGUUCAUAGAGUUCUCGAUGUUGGAGAGGUUUGCCGAUGCUCUUUCUGAGCCGCUGCGAAUCCCGAAGCCCAACAAGAUCCAGCUGAUUUCCAUGGACCUUCCUAUGGUCAGCGGGGACAAGAUCCACUGCCUGGACAUUUUGUUUGCUUUCACAAAACGUGUACUUGGAGAUUCAGGUGACAUGGACACCCUCAAGCAGCAGAUGGAGGAGAAGUUCAUGAUGACCAAUCCCUCCAAAGUUUCCCAUGAGCCCAUCACUUCUACUCUGCGACGUAAAAUGGAGGAGGUGUCAGCAGUCAUCAUCCAGAGGUGUUACAGGAGACAUCUGGUGAGACGGCAAAUGAAGCAGGCAUCUUACCUCUACAGACAGAUCAACUAUCAGAUUGUGGUGGAUGUAGAGAAGGCUCCUGAAACAGAGGGGCUCAUAGCAUCCAUGUUUCAGCACUUUGCUCCUAUAGCGCCUCAAGGUGAACAGACAGAGGAGGACAUAAUUUUGUCCUCACCACCAUCUUAUGAUAGUGUGACUCAGGGGGCAUGCAUGAGCUCCUCUCUUACAGCCAGAACCACAUCUAGAGGCCCUGAACUCAGGGACCCAGUUGAAAACUAUGAGGAAACGUUUCUUUGAGACUUUAUGGAGACUGACUGAGUCAUCUCUGUCUGUUUAAUUUACGGUAACAUCCUUUGAUUGAACAAUAAUUCAUAUUAAACAAAUGUUUUAUAGUUUUUUAAGAUGCAGGGGAUAAUAUGCAUUUUUUAAGUAGCUCAAAGCCUCUAUUACAUUAUAAAAGAUGAUAGAAAUUACUUAUUUUAAUAGAUUUGACUUCUUUUUGUGAACCGAAUGUUAAUAUUUGAAUUCUAUAAAUCAAUUAUGAGAAUACUGACCUAAUCAGUAGUUUUUAUAUGCUGUUUCUUAACAAGUACGCACAUUUUUACUCUGUUGUUCCAUAUAGUGUCAUAUUUCUGUGUGAGUUAUGGGUUUGAAAUAACUUUAAUUAAAACAUCGAAUGGUCACGCUAAUAAGGCAAGACAUUUUUUUUAGAUAGCACAUCUCGGUAGCAAGACAAUUCAAUGUUCUGUACAUGAAAAGAAAAGAAAAAGGUACAUUGGAAUGGCUUACAGGGAACACAAAAAAAUGAAAAAGAAUAAAUAUAAAUGAUUAAAAUAAGGUGAUUGUCUAAAAACAUAAAUAAAGCUCACACUUAAAUCAGCUCUAAAAGUAAGUCUCCAUGAUGAAGUGAUUUAAGUCUGAUUAUAAGAUGAGGGACCUGAGUUUUAUUCCUGUUACAUCAGAAAGGGCAUCCAGUGUUUAAGCUUCGACAACUUCUAAACAUGGGAGCCCCUGAAAGGACACAAACAAACGGUUAUUCUAAAAAGGUUCCAUAUAUUUUGUACUUAUAAAUCUGUAGACCACUUCCAAAGGAAAGGUUUAAUGCUAAUGCUCCUGCAAAGUGCUUUAAAAUGCUUUUUUUUUUCAUUUCCUCCAGAUCUCCUACUAUUAGGUUGCCUUCUCCAUGUUUUUCUUGCAUGUGUGAAAACCAGAGGUCAUCUGAGUACAAAAAGUAUACCACUCAAAUUUCACGCACCUCUAAUUCAUCUUAACAUAACUGUGUUGUCAUAAAAUCUGUUGUUAAAAUUUGUAUUUACAUUUUUGAAAUAUGGGUCAGACUUCUCAUAUAUUUGAGCAUAAGCAGAAAGCAGCUGCAACCUUUGGGUGGAGGGUUUACCUGGUUGAGCUCAAAGCGUAUCCCAAGGGUUUCCUUUACAUUUUUUUAUGACAGACUUCAGUUGACUUAUUCAUAUAUCUGUCAAGGAUUUGUUGACAGAAUUUUCCCAGAAACUAAACUCAGUGUAGUAAGAGACAGUGUUUUAAAAAGCUAACUUAAGAUCAAAGCCUUAAAACUCUUUUAAAUAUCACCAUAAAAGUUAAAACAUAUUUGGCUUAUUGUUAGGUUUCUUCUACAGAUCUGAGGACUGGAUUGUACAAUACAGCAAUAUUAACAAUAUUUAGCAUUUACUAUGCCUAACGAUACAGAAACAGUGCCUACGGUGCAAAGGUAUUGAAAACCCAUAUAAACAGAGGUGAGUAGUCUAGCUUUAGAAAGUACAGCAAUUAGUUAAAACUAUUAGCAUAGUUAAUGUUUUAAACUGAGUUCCUGAACUACAGUCCUCGAGGGUUUGUGUCAUGCAGCUUUAAGAUCUAUGCUUCAACGCACCUGGAUCACUCCCAUUGCAAACAUUUGGCACUUUCUUAAAGACACAUUUAUACAGUCAAAACUUUUCAUAGAGGACCUCCCCUUUAGGAAUUAAUUACAUCUUUUUUUCUUUUUGGGGGGAUUUUCUCAGUGUGAUGAAGAUGCAGCAAACAAGCAGAACUUACAUUUGAAUGCCUGUUUUUCCUCCGCCAUUAGGGCGCCGUUACAUCCACUGCCAAAUGUAACGGGGGAUGAAUGA